UUUUCCUCUCUCCUCUUCAGAAACACCCCAAAGGAAAAUGGCAGCAGGAAAUCAUUCCACAGUGACUGAGUUCAUCCUCGCUGGGCUAACAGAACAGCCAGAACUCCAGCUGCCCCUCUUCCUUCUCUUCCUAGGAAUCUAUGUGGUCACGGUGGUGGGGAACCUGGGCAUGAUCACACUGAUUGGGCUCAGUUCUCCCCUGCACACCCCCAUGUACUAUUUCCUUAGCAGCUUGUCCUUCAUUGAUCUCUGCCAGUCCACUGUCAUUACCCCCAAAAUGCUGGUGAAUUUUGUGACAGAGAAGGACAUCAUUUCCUACCCUGAAUGCAUGACUCAGCUCUAUUUCUUCCUUGUUUUUACUAUCUCGGAAUGUUACAUGUUAGCUGCAAUGGCAUAUGACCGCUAUGUUGCCGUCUGUAGCCCUUUGCUUUAUAAUGUCAUCAUGUCCCAUCAGGCUUGUUACUCUCUGAUUUGGGGAGUGUGUAUUAUAGGCCUAGUUUGUGCAUUUACUCAUACAGGCUGCAUGUUUAGGGUUCAUUUCUGCAAAUUUGGUGUGAUCAACCAUUAUUUCUGUGAUCUUCUUUCCCUCUUAAAACUCUCUUGUUCUAGUACCUAUGUCAAUGAAUUACUGAUUCUAAUCUUUAGUGCAAUUACUAUCCUUGCCUCUAGCCUGACAAUUCUUAGCUCCUACAUCUUCAUCAUUAGCACCAUCCUCCGUGUUCACUCCACUGAGGGCAGGUCCAAAGCCUUCAGCACUUGCAGCUCCCACAUCUCAGCUGUCGCUGUUUUCUUUGGAUCUGCUGCAUUCAUGUACCUGCAGCCAUCUUCUGUGAGCUCCAUGGACCAAGGCAAAGUGUCCUCUGUGUUUUAUACUAUCCUUGUGCCCAUGCUGAAUCCCCUGAUCUAUAGCCUGAGGAAUAAAGAUGUCAAUGCUGCCCUGAAGAAAAUUCUAGAGAGAAGAAUAUUCUUGUAA